UGCGGCCCGGGAUGGGGAAAAAAAAAAAAAAAAAUUAAGCAAGUUUCAGACGACACAAUCUGCUUCGACACUCCGCAGGGCGCAGCCUCCGCUAUCGCCUCAGGUGACAAGGUUCACUUUUUGAGAAGAUGAAAGCUCACCGAAAUGAGUGGAAUCGGAAAAAGAUCUGUUGGAUGUGAAUUUCAAAAAAAGAAAAAGGAAAAAAAGGGCAUGGUUUAGUUUUUCAGAAGAAGAAAUCUCACUGAAACAGGUUACGGAGGUUUACUAGCCACGUCAACGCUAGUAACGUGCAACGUGGCAUGAUGACAUGUCAACAUGAUUAGUGACAUGACACAAGCCUCAAAUCAAACACCUCAACUACACAUUUUUUCUUCUCGGUGUACUAAGAUCAAACCAUGAAAGCCGCAACGAAGCAAACCCAGAUCACAACCCAUACCACUCCCACUCCCCACAACCCCAUCACCGACCUCACCUGGUUCGCCCUUGUCGCAGCCACUGUCAAGCUCCUCCUCAUCCCAGCCUACCACAGCACCGACUUCGAGGUCCACCGCCACUGGCUCGCCCUCACCCACACCCUCCCUUUCUCUCAAUGGUACUCCAACGAAACCAGUCCAUGGACCCUCGAUUACCCUCCUUUCUUCGGUUACUUCGAACGCUUUCUCUCUCUAUUCGCUCACUUAAUCGACCCCAUUAUCGUCGACCUACAUAAGGGCCUCAAUUACUCCUCCCCUUCCGUCAUUAUCUUCCAAAGAGUCUCAGUAAUCGUCUCCGAUACUGUUAUGAUUUAUGGGGUUUAUCGGCUGACCCAGAAUUUGGAGUCCAGAAAGCGAAUUUUGAUCUGGGUUUUGAUUGUUUGGUCGCCUGGACUCCUCAUUGUUGACCAUUUGCAUUUUCAGUAUAAUGGGUUUCUUUUGGGGAUUUUGUUGCUUUCGCUGUCGUGGUUGGAGGAAGGAAAGGACUUGAUGGGUGGGUUUGUUUUUGCGGUCUUGUUGUGUUUUAAGCACUUGUUUGCGGUGGCUGCACCGGUUUACUUUGUUUAUUUGUUGCGGCACUACUGUAGUGGAGGGGUGGUGAGGGGGUUCGGGAGGUUGGUGAUGAUGGGGGCAGCCGUCGUGGCGGUUUUCAUGGCGGCGUAUGGGCCAUUUGUAUAUUAUGGCGAGAUACAACAAGUUUUCCAACGCAUGUUCCCUUUUGGCAGGGGACUCUGCCAUGCAUACUGGGCUCCAAAUUUUUGGGUAUUUUAUAUUAUUUUUGAUAAAGGGCUCGCUUUCUUGCUUGCAAAACUGGGAUUUAGCAUCCAAGCGCCAACUGCUUCAUUUACUGGCGGACUAGUGGGAGACUCGUCUCCUUUGGCCGUGCUACCUCAGAUCACUCCUUUGAUUACCUUCAUGAUGGUCCUGGUAGCCUUAUCUCCUUGUCUAAUUAAGGCUUGGAAGGAUCCCCAACCAAGGAUGAUUACUAGAUGGGUAUCCUAUGCUUACAUGUGCGGGUUCCUAUUUGGGUGGCAUGUCCAUGAAAAGGCAUCACUCCACUUUGUGAUCCCUCUUGCCAUUGUUGCAGCUCAAAGCGUGGAGGAUGCCAGGCAUUACCUUUUGUUGUCGAUAGUGUCCUGCUAUUCGCUUUUCCCUCUUUUAUUUGAAGCCCAAGAGUAUCCCAUAAAGGUAUUGCUGUUGCUUUUACACUUCAUUGUCAUGUGGUUUGGAUUUUUGUGGCAUUUCUCGAAGACCAUAGUGGUAGAAGAGACUGUACCAGGGUGGAAAAGAGGUGAUAAAUCGAGAUUAAAGGGGAGUUCUGGCACUGCCAAGAAACAAGGGUUUUAUAUCGGAUGGACCAGAAAGUGUUACCUUUUGGGCCUUUUGGCUGUUGAGACAUGGGGACAGUUUCUACAUCCUAUCGUUUUCGGUACCAGGCUUCCCUUCCUACCCCUCAUGAUGAUUUCUAUAUAUUGUUCAUUAGGGAUGAUGUACUCUUGGAUUUGGCAACUAAGAUGGAUCCUUAGGUCCCAUUGAUUCUAUAAAAUAGGUCAGGUGCUACCAAAUGGCACAUUUAAGUUGCCCUUUACACGGACUAUAUGCUUAAAUGCCUGAACUAUUCAUUUUUGUUCAUUGUAAAGUUUUUGUACAACAGUUUUGCCCCCAAAAAAACGGAAAAAGGCAUUGACACAUUGGGAGACUCAAUGGAAGCCUCACAUUAUAGACUGCUGAGAAACUCGGGUGUGGAAUAAUAAGGCAAGAAGAGAAUAGGAACCUCCAAAAUUUAUCUUUAAAUCCCUCUUCAUUAAGAGCAUAAAAUGAACAGGGAAGGUGAUUGUGUUUAGAUACUGAUAUAGAAUAUUUUGAGAUUCUGCAUUGAAAUAGAAUGUCGUGGCUAUCGGCAUAAUGGGCUUGUUUAAGGAGGACAAAGGCGUUUAUUUUCAUUUGUGGACAAAAGUAUUUAGUUCGUUCAAUUA